CAGAUAUGUCAGCCGACAACUUGGAGGUCGGCAGCUGUCGGCCGGUGACGGGGGAGUCGAAACCGGGAAGAUCCGCAUCACUUCUCUCCUAACGAUAGAAAUACAUGUGGUCUCUCGUUUCAAUCAUACUUCAAACUUUCAUCAUUAAACUAAUAUUUCUUUCUUAAACAAUCAGAUCGGUUCAUAAUGUUUUAUUCCUAUAAUUAGUAUUAUACUGUUCUUCGAUCUCCUUUCCAGUUUCCAAAUCCAUUGCUAGCACCUUUCGACCUAAAUUCUUCUUCCCUCCCUACAUCCGUACACUUUUUAUCUUGCUAAGAUUUGGGGAUAAUUCGAAUUCAAUUGUGCGGUUUUUUUUCUUCUUAAAAUGGUAUGAGAGGUACCGAAAGUGGGGCGUUUUGUGUCACAUUCGUAUACGAGGAACCCUAAAUUGAUUGAUGUUGUUUUCGAGUAUAAAGUAUUCAUUUGGUGAAGCCUCAUCAUUUGAUGAUUCUGUUUUUCCUGGUUAGAUAACAGGUAAACCGUCCACUUUAUCCGGUUAUCACGGAGUUAUUGGCUUCUUCACAUUUCAGUUUUAUUAUAUACUUUAAAUGGAAAUUGUGGUGUCAAUUUUGAUUUCUUUUGUAAACUUUUGUUCUGGAGAUCUACGAAGAUUACGGAUGACAUUUUAAUGUUAUUUUGUGUAUGUAAAUGGUAAUCUGAAGUUCUGUUAUCAUCCAUCUCAUCAUCUGCUGGUUGAUGUAAAUCAUGGAGCAUUCAGAAAUUGAAGAGAACUUGUUUGCACUUGGUGAACCAAAGUUACAUGGAGGAAUGUGCACAACACUCUCCUUUAUCUAUGUCAAAGUAUUGGGCAUCUUUCCUGACCUUGAAGCAGCCAGACCUAGAAGCACUUCAGGAAUUCAAGCAUUAUGUUCUUUGCAUAUAGCAUUAGAGAAGACAAAGACUAUUCUUCAACAUUGUGCAGAAUGCAGUAAACUUUACCUGGCUAUAACAGGAGACUCUGUUGUUCUAAAAUUUGAGAAAGCAAGAUCUGCUCUAGAAGAUAGUCUUAGACGAGUUGAAGAUAUUGUCCCACAAUCAAUAGGUUGUCAGAUUUCUGAGAUUUUAGGUGAACUUGAAGGAAUAGAGUUUUCACUCGAUCCAUUAGAGAAACAAAUAGGCGAUGAAAUAAUUGGAUUGUUGCAAGAAGGGAGAAAUUUAAACAGCAGCAGUGACAUGAACGAGUUAGAAACUUUCCAUCAAGCUGCAUCAAGGCUUAAUAUCACUUCUUCAAGAGGAGCUCUUCGAGAAAGAAGGGCUCUGAAGAAACUUAUAGAAAAAGCUAGAAUUGAAGAUGACAAAAGGAAAGAAUCCAUUAUAGCUUAUCUGUUGCAUCUCAUGAGAAAAUACUCAAAAGUAUUCAGAAGUGAUUUCUCAGAUGAUAAUGAUUCACAAGGUGGGUCAACUCCUUGUUCACCUACAGUCAAUGGAUCUUUCACAAAUGGUUUUGACAGACAGCUGUCAAAGAUGAGUUCUUUUAACUUCAAACCAAACUUUAGAAGAUCCGGGCAGAUGUCAGUGCCGCCCGAAGAACUAAGGUGCCCGAUAUCAUUACAACUGAUGUAUGAUCCGGUUAUUAUUGCUUCCGGGCAGACAUACGAGAGGGUUUGCAUUGAGAAAUGGUUUGGAAACGGGCACAACACCUGCCCGAAAACUCGCCAGCAUUUGGCUCAUCUUUGUUUGACUCCUAAUUACUCUGUCAAGGGUCUAGUUGCUAAUUGGUGUGAACAGAAUGGAGUUUUGGUGCCCGAAGGUCCACCGGAUUCCCUGGACGUCAACUACUGGAACAUAUCUUUUUCAGAAACCGAGUCUGCUUUGGUUGAAAACAUUGGAUCCUUUAAUGAGGGAGAAAGAGAUGGAGAUGAAGAUGAAGCUGAAGCUGAGGUUCUCCCUGAGCGUUUUUUGAGUGUUUUGGACAGGGGGGAUGAGAGAAAGAAACUUAAAGUUGUGGACCAGAUACGCCAUUUGUCGAAAGAUGAUGAAGAGGCUCGAAUCUUUAUGGGUGAAAAUGGUGUUGUUGAAGCUCUAAUACGUUUUUUUGAGUCAAGUGUGCAUGAAAGAAAGAUUGUUGCACAAGAAAGUGCAGCCAUGGCUCUCUUCAACCUCUCUCUUAAUAACAACAGGAACAAAGAAAACAUGGUAGCGGCCGGAGUACUUCCAUUGCUGGAGGAGAUGAUCAGAAAUUCCAGUUCUCCAGCGGCGGUUGCCGCCCUGUACAUGAACCUUUCCUCUUUAGAACAAGCGAAACCCGUGAUCGGUUCAAGUGAUGCGAUUCCAUUCUUGAUCCACAUCCUCGAAAACGGGUCGGAAUCGGAAUCGAAAUCCGACGCCCUUCAUGCUGUGUACCAUCUUUCAACCUGCAAUUCCAACAUCCAGCGGUUGGUGUCAUUCGGAAUCCUGAAUGCCCUUCAGCCACUGAUGGAUGACCAAACAUGGAGUGAGACAGUGAUAGCCGUGUUGACCAACAUGGCUAAUAACUUAGCCCUAGCCAGAGAGGAGAUGGUAUCGGCUCAUGGUUUGGUGAGUGGGCUGUCAACGGUUCUUGAUGUUGGUGAGCCGAUGGUUCAGGAGCAAGCUGCGGGUUGUCUCUUGGUUUUGUGUACGGAAAAUGAUAAGUGUAUUCAGAUGGUGCUUCAGGAAGGGGUAAUUCCGUCUUUAGUCGCCAUUUCGGCUAAUGGGACGGUGAGGGGGAGACAAAAGGCCGAGAAACUGUUGAUGCUGUUUAGGGAGCACCGCCAGCGGGAGCCACCGGUGAAUCAUGGCGGUGGUGGUGGUUCGCCGGAGAUGGGUGUGGGUGUGGGCCGGGUUGAUGAAGAAGCAAAGGGUUUGAGUAAGUCGGUGUCGGUGUCAAGGAGAAAAAUGGGGCGAUCUUGGAGUUCUUUAUGGAGAAACAAGAGUUUCUUAGUGCACCAAUGUUGACAUCCAUCUCUAUGUCUAUAACUUUGUUGCAACUUGUAAAUUCUUCUAAUCUAUUUUACUUUUAUUUAUUUGUUAUAUGCAUGAAUAUAAUAAUUUAAACUUCUUUUACUAAGGACAG